AGGCAAAUUAUGCCAGCAGUACCAGAGUCCCUGUCUCUGGUGACGUGCCAGCCUGUUGGUGAGACCCUCCGCUCCAGCGCCCACCCCUGUGCCCUCUCCCCUGGCAGGCCCAUGCUGGUGGACGCCCCGCUCAGGCCCACGCCAGCACCAUGAGCGCCAACGGCCCUGCUCCGCCUGCUGCGACUCCUGCAGCGCCCCCGGCAGCCUCCGUACCUGUACCCUCGGUGGUACCGGUCGGCUCGCUGGCCCAGAAGAAGCGGCAGCAGUAUGCCAAGAGCAAAAAACAGGGCAGUUCGGCCAACACACGGCCACAGAGAGCUCUCUUCUGCCUCAACCUCAACAACCCCAUCCGCCGGGCCUGCAUCAGCCUCGUGGAAUGGAAGCCAUUUGAUAUCUUUAUAUUGAUAGCGAUUUUCGCCAACUGCAUGGCCUUAGCUGUAUACAUCCCCUUUCCCGAGGAUGAUUCCAACUCAACCAACCACGACCUGGUGAGUAAACAACUGCGACCUUUUGACCUUUUAGCAUGUUCCAGUCUGACCUCUGCUAUGACCCCGAUCCCCGCACUCAUAUUAACUAUUGUUUACAUCUGA